AAUAAAUAUAUAAUAAUACAUCAAUUUACAAAUAUAUCGAAACGAGAAAGAGAAUCGAUCGAGAAAAAGCUCAUGAAGCAAAGCUGCUGCUCAAUUCAAUUCAAGUCAAAGUCAAAGUCAAUGUUUCAACGCGUUGCGCAUACGCCGUGUGUGUUUUGCUCUAGCUACAAUUUCCAACCAUAAAACAAAAAAGGAAAACAGACAAACAAACACUUUGCGAAAAUCGUUUAACAAUUUUUUUGUGUUUUGUGCUUGUUUAUUUUAUUUUUUUUGUCGUCUUAACACAAAAAUCAAAGCCAAGUUUUUUUGGAGAAAAAAUUUGCGAGCUUUUUUUUUGUAGAUAGAAUGUUGAAAAACGCGCGCCUUUUGCUUGGCGUUUUCAUCGUGUUUGCCAGCCUCAUAGCGGAUACACAAGCAACAGCGAACUAUAAUGACACCAACUUUCUGGAAGCAUCGCUAAGAUAUUUGGAUGAACAGCUACUAUUCGAUAUACUGCCCAGGGGAACGUGUCCUGGCGAAGAGGCCGAUGCGCCGCUCGAUGAGUUUGCCGAGAUAUUUACGGUGGAACAACUACGCCAGGGCUGGGUAGUAUUGCAUGUAUUUGCAGCUAUAUAUUUCUUUAUAUUGCUUGCGAUUAUUUGCAACGAUUACUUUCUGCCCACUGUCGAGUGCAUCUGCGAGGAUCUGCAUCUAUCCAAGGAUGUGGCUGCAGCGACAUUUAUGGCCACGGCCACCUCAAUGCCCGAGUUUUUUACGAAUACGAUAAGUACUUUGAUACUUGAAUCAGACAUGGGUCUGGGCACGAUUAUUGGCUCUCUAAUGUUUAACACAUUGGGUGUUGCUGGCCUUGCUGCCCUCUGCAUCAAUAAGCCAGUGCAGUUGGACUGGUGGCCUAUAGCUCGUGAUUGUGUUAUCUAUAUCUUCAAUACGAUCGUAUUGCUGGUGCUCGCUUGGGGCGGUAGCAUUAGCUUUGUGGAGUCCUGCAUUAUGAUGGGUUUCCUGGUGCUCUACUAUCUGAUCACAUUCAACAACAACAAAUUUAUGCCUGCCAUACGCGUCUUUAUCGAGGAUCGCAUGAACUGUUGCUUCUCCACGCGCUACGACCUAACGGAACCGCCAGAGAAUAGCGCCAAAGCACAACUGCCUUUGAAAAAGGAUCCACUUUCUGGCGAUGGCCUUUUUGUGAUCAAUUUCCCAGAGAAUACCUCUUCAAUGUCAUCGACAGCCAACUUAACACACUCAAAGAAUUGGAAUGGCGAAGAUGAAGAAGAGGAUCAAAUGCCCGAUAGCAUUUUUGCCUAUCCUCAUCAUGCGUCACGUUUUAUGAAAUGCUGGUGGGUCUUUGUUUUUCCCAUCAGACUGUUGCUGCGCGUUAUCAUUCCGCAUCCGAUGCGUCAUCGCCGUCUAUAUCCCUUGUCCUUUAUCAUGUGCAUUAUUACAAUUGGCGCGAACGCUUAUCUUAUUGUCUGGAUGUUAACGGCGUUCGGUGUGGCCAUUCAUGUGCCCACAAUUGUAAUGGGUCUCACAUUUCUUGCCGCCGGCUCCACGAUGCCCGAAGCGGUCUCCAGCCUGAUUUCGCUGCGCAAUGGUGAAAGUGGCAUUGGUGUGUCCAAUUCAUUGGGCGCCAAUUCGUUGGCCAUUUUGUUAUCGCUCGGCGUGCCGUGGUUUGUGAAAAACUGCAUGAACUAUGGCACUGGGGAGAAGCAGCAAGUGGGCACCCAGGGUAUCGAGUACAAUAUUAUCAUAUUGAUAUUAUCGACAAUUGCGCUCUUCAUUAUAUUGAGCUGCAGCGGUUACCGACUAACGAAACGCGUGGGCGUCGCACUGUUUGUUGUGUACACUGUUUUUAUAGUACUGCAAAUCCUGAUCGAGAUGAACGUGUUCUUCCCGCUCGUUUGCAGUAGCUAG